AACCCUUUUUCUGAGUCCAUUUACCUAUAAAAGCCAGGUUAAAGAAACCCUAGGGUUUCUCAUUAGCUCAAUCCUUCAGUUUGCAGCUGUUUCUCGCUCCACUGCCAGAGAUCCGUCAAGCUAAUAACAAUGACCAAGCGUACAAAGAAGGCUGGUAUUGUUGGAAAAUAUGGUACCCGUUAUGGUGCCAGUUUGAGGAAGCAAAUUAAGAAGAUGGAGGUUAGUCAGCACAGCAAAUUUUUCUGUGAAUUUUGUGGGAAGUAUGCUGUGAAGAGGAAGGCUGUUGGAAUUUGGGGCUGCAAGGACUGCGGGAAAGUCAAAGCAGGCGGUGCCUACACUUUGAACACUGCCAGUGCUGUGACUGUGAGGAGCACAAUCAGAAGGCUGAGGGAACAAACCGAGAGCUGAGCAUUAUUAUUGGGGUCAUUUUACUUGUCUGUGCUGUCGCUUUAGCUAGACUACUUCAAAAUGUUUGAGGAUGUUACAUCUACUUUUUUUUCAAGUAGUAUACAGUUUUAACUUUUGAUGAUUUGCUAUUUAGUUGUUUAUGUGAUGUUUUUUUCCUCUUAAAAAAUGACAUAUUUGCUGUGCAAAA